AUGAUCACAAUUUGCAAUGACAGCCACAGUGAUUUCAUCCUCCUGGGCUUCUCUAACAAGCCGCAUUUGGAGAAGACACUUUUUUGGGUCAUUCUGAUUUUUUAUUUUUUGACUCUUGCAGGAAACAUGGUCAUAGUUCUUGUCUCCUUGAAGGAUCCAAAACUCCACAUUCCCAUGUAUUUCUUUCUUUCCAAUCUUUCCUUGUUAGAUCUCUGUUUCACCAGCAGCUGUGUUCCACAGAUAUUGAUUAAUUUCUGGGGCCCAGAAAAGACCAUCAGCUACACUGGCUGUGCCAUUCAACUCUAUGUCUUCUUGUGGCUUGGGGCUACUGAGUGUGUACUUCUUGUCAUCAUGGCUGUGGACCGCUAUGUAGCAGUGUGUCAUCCACUACAAUAUACCACUAUCAUGCACCCAAAACUUUGUCUACAUCUAGCUAUCCUGGCAUGGGGGACUGGUCUGGUUCAGUCUCUGAUUCAGUCCCCUGCCACCCUCCAGCUACCCUUCUGCUCCCACCGGAUGGUGGAUGACAUUGUUUGUGAAGUCCCGGCCCUGAUUCAGCUCUCCAGUACUGACACUACCUCCAAUGACAUCCAGAUGUCCAUAGCCAGUGUUAUUCUCCUGGUGGUGCCCUUGAUCAUUAUUCUUUCUUCUUAUGGUACUAUUGCUAAGGUUGUGCUGAGGAUUAAGUCAACCACAGGGCAGAAGAAAGCACUUGGCACUUGCACUUCUCACCUUUUUGUGGUAUCUCUCUUUUAUGGCACUGUCACUGGUGUUUACCUUCAACCCAAGAAUAGCUAUGCUCAUGGACAAGGCAAGUUUCUUACCCUUUUCUACACUGUAGUAACUCCAACUCUUAAUCCCCUCAUCUACACUUUAAGGAACAAGGAAGUAAAGGAAGCACUAAUAAGAUUAGGGAGGAGAACCUAG